AUGAGGGCGAAUUCGAAGUCGUACCCUCGAGCGAAGGUGAGGAAGAUUGUCAAAGCUCAUUCGAGGAAACACGUUGGCAAGACCGUUGAUGCUCUCGUCUUCCUCAACUUUAUUCUCUUUGUCGAGGAGCUCCUGUCCAACGCGUCGCACAAAGCGCGGUUGAACGGCGAGAGGGUUACGGCAGCUAAGGAUAUUCGCAAGGUGACAAUGGAUGAUCUGGAGCUGAAGAACGCGUGGACUGAAGUGCAGAACGAACACAUCCGCAAAGGAAAGCGCAGGGGUAUAUUCAGCUAUGAGCGGCCCGAGCAAUCCUCAUGGGACGAAUCCCACCCAGAAAAUGCGACGGUCGACCACACAUGA